UCAUAAAUAGAAAACUGAGAAAGUCAUUUCUACAAACAAGAUAUUUUCGCCUAAGACAUUUUUCGUUGAAAAAAAAUUCGUUCAAUAAUUUUCUCACAUUUUGGAAAAAAAGCAAAUUUGAAGCAAAACAAAAAAUGAUUACCGGAAUGCAUCAAUAUUCAACAAUAAAAACAUCAUAUGAUGAUGUACGUAAAUCAUAUGUAUCGGAUGUAAAUCCAUAUCGUCCAAUGAUUGUACAGGUUGAUUUUGAAGUUGCUGGUGAUGUUUCAGGAGUAUAUUUUACUAAAUAUGCUAAAAAUAUAGCCGAAACAUUGGAUGUUAAAGGAUGGAUUCGUGUUAAUCAACGUGGUACGGUUUAUGGACAAAUACAAGGUGAAAAAGAUAAAGUUGAUGAAAUGGUUAUUUGGUUGCAAACACAAGGAAGUCCAUUUUCAAAAAUUCGUUGCUGUUUGAUGAAAAAUUGGAAAAUUAUUGAUAAUUGUGAUUUUAGGAAUUUUUCGAUAAGAUAUUAAAAUAUUAUCUUUCUCUUCAUUGUAUGGUGAAUUUAGUUUGAUCUAAUAUUGAAACAAUAAUA